AUGUGCGAUGCUAUCGAAAGACUGCACAGCGGCGCGGCGAGCGUGUUCUUCGCUCAGGAGACUCGCAUGUACCAUGUCGGCAUCGCCUUCGCGGGAGACCUGUUCCAGCUCGCGUACUACGAUCGCGCUGGCUGCGUCCUCUCUGGCACACAUAACGUUCACGAGAACCCGGGGGUUCUCAUCCGCGCCGUCAUUGGUCUUUCCCUGCUUGACGAAUCCUAUGUCGGCAAGGACACGUCAAUAACGGUGCGCGAUAGGCGAGCGUUUGUGACCGUCGGCGGCGUAGAGUACGAGAUCGUCGAGCUGCUAGCAGCUGGUGGUGACAUCCUCGGCAAAGGGACGGUAUGCUGGCGCUGCUGCCGGCCUAGUAGCAGUGAGAACUACGUGAUCAAGAACACUUGGACGGUGCUAGGCCAGCUGCGCAAGCCCGAAGGCGAGUUUCUCAGGAAGGCGGCUAGGGUCGAAGGGGUGCCAAAUCUCGUCUGUGAGGAGAAGGUCUUGCGCCGCAAUGGUCUUCCGCAGAACACCCUAUGGCUGCGAGACACCCUGCAGGGAUCGGAACGUCUGGCAAUCCUCAAGAACCACCUCCAGAUGGAGCUGCGUCGCCUUGUGCUGCAGCCUUGCGGCCGUCCCUUGGUAGAUUUCCAGGACAAGGACGAACUCCUCACCGGGUUCAACGAUUCCAUCAUGACCCACUAUCAACUAUACGAACUCUGCAUCCUGCACUGCGAUAUCAGCGACAACAACAUCAUGCUGCGGACUCGCGAACAUCCCUCGAGCAGCCGAGGGCUCCUCAUCGAUCUGGAUAGUGCUGAUGAGGUCGAUUCGCUCACCGGGCUGGCGAAUGUAAACUUCGGCAUGGGCACCGUCCCCUUCGUCGCAAGCGACAUUUUGCGCCCACACGGCUCCAACGGGCGCGCGCCGUGGCACGACCUAGAGUCCUUCCUCCACGUUCUCAUGUACAUCUGCGCGACAUGCUCCGGCCCAUCCGACACACCCCGCACGAAUUUCGACCUAGAGAGCUCUCCCAUGGGCCCGUGGCUCACCGGCGACUACGUGCGAAAGAAGGAGAUCAUGUUCGACUACGACGAGAGUGCCUUCCGCUCGUUCGUGGAUUCGGUGUUCGACCCGUACUUCGACGACCUUAAGGACCUCGUCUGCGACCUGCGUGCGGUCACGCGGACCCGGAGCGGUCACUUCACCGUCAUGGACGUCUUCGACAAGCACAUGAGGCUCCGGGCGAACGCACGCGCGAAAGCGGCGGCUGUUCAGCAGAAGGAUGGCACUCCCCCUGCGGGGCCUUCGGCGCGCAAAAAGCGGAGGCACAGCUCUCGCCCGGACCCGCCGUCAUCGAAUGCGCAAGAGGGAGAGGGCGUGACAGACGCAAGAGCGACGUCGUCAUCGGCAACCUCCUCGUCUUCAUCCUCGAGCUCGAGCUCGAACGCGAGCGACGACUCAUCGCAUGCAAGCGACGACACCGACCACACGCUGGUCAGCUCGCGGUCGGGAUCGGAGAAGUUGACCGCGGAUGAUACGAAGGACGGCUUGGAAGAUAGUUUGGAAGAUGGCUCAAAGAGGGCCAAGGCGUUCACCCCGCGGAGGUCCCAGCGCGUGAAGCGUCAACGAGUCAGAUGA